AUGUCGUUCCUCAACCUCGAAACUCGACGCUUACAAAAUUUCACAGAUGGACGCAAGGAACGCGUUCAAUUCGACAAGAUCACCGCACGUGUCUCAAGGCUGUGUUAUGGUCUCGAUCCCGAGCAUGUUGACGCCGCAGCCAUCACCCAGAAGGUCAUUUCAGGUGUCUACCAAGGCGUGACCACCAUCGAACUCGACAAUCUGGCCGCAGAGACAGCAGCAUACAUGACAGUCACACAUCCUGACUAUGCCAUUCUUGCAGCACGUAUUGCUGUUUCGAACCUACACAAGCAGACCAAGAAACAAUUUUCCUCGGUCAUUUCAGAUCUUUACUACUAUAUCAACCCCAAGACACAGAAAUCCUCUCCUAUGAUCUCCCAAGAGACUUAUGAAUGUGUUAUGAGACAUGCCGAGGAGCUGAACUCAGCAAUCGUCUACGACCGAGAUUUCAACUACCAAUAUUUUGGUUUCAAGACGUUGGAGAGGUCAUAUCUGCUCAAAAUUGGCAAGCAAAUCGCUGAACGACCACAACACUUGCUCAUGCGUGUUGCGGUUGGCAUCCACGGUGAUGAUGUCGAGAAGGCCAUUGAGACUUACAACCUUAUGUCCCAGAAAUGCUUUACUCACGCUUCCCCAACUCUAUUCAAUGCUGGCACUCCUCAGCCACAGCUCUCGUCUUGCUUCUUGAUUGACAUGAAGUCAGACAGCAUUGACGGAAUCUACGACACUCUCAAGACAUGUGCCAUGAUCUCCAAAACUGCGGGCGGUAUUGGUUUUAAUGCUCAUUGCAUUCGCGCUACCGGCUCUUACAUUGCUGGUACCAAUGGAACCUCAAAUGGCCUCAUUCCCAUGCUUCGUGUCUUCAACAACACAGCACGUUACGUUGACCAAGGUGGCAAUAAGCGUCCUGGUGCCUUUGCUUGUUAUAUCGAGCCAUGGCACGCUGAUGUCUUUGAGUGGCUGAACUUGAGAAAAAAUCAUGGCAAGGAGGAAGUCCGUGCUCGUGAUCUCUUCUAUGCUCUCUGGACCCCCGAUCUCUUCAUGAAACGUGUCGAGAAGAACCAAGACUGGACACUGAUGUGCCCUCAUGAGUGUCCUGGCCUGGCUGACGUUUAUGGCAAGAAAUUUGAGGCUCUCUACGAGCGUUACGAACAGGAAGGCAAGGGUCGUCAAACCGUGAAGGCUCAAAAGCUCUGGUACGCAAUCCUCGAAGCUCAGACCGAGACCGGCACACCAUAUAUGCUCUACAAGGAUGCCUGCAACGAGAAGAGCAACCAAAAGAACCUGGGUACCAUCCGCAGCUCUAACCUCUGCACUGAAAUUGUCGAAUACACUGCUCCAGAUGAGGUAGCCGUCUGCAAUCUUGCUUCACUUGCUCUCCCAACUUUCGUCGACCAGGCCCGUGGUGAGUAUGACUUUGGACGCCUUCAUGAGGUUGUCCAAGUUGUCACUCGCAACUUGAACAAGGUCAUCGAUAUCAACUAUUACCCCGUUCCAGAAGCUAAGAAGAGCAAUUUCCGACACCGACCUGUUGGUCUUGGUGUCCAGGGCCUUGCUGAUGCUUUCCUGGCUCUCAGACUUCCUUUCGAUUCUCCAGAAGCUCGUCAACUCAACAUUCAAAUUUUCGAGACUAUCUACCAUGGUGCGUUGACUGCAUCUUGCCAACUAGCCCAAGAAGAAGGACCAUAUGAGACAUAUGAGGGAAGUCCUGUCUCCCAAGGUAUUCUUCAAUAUGACAUGUGGAACGUUACCCCUUCAGACCUCUGGGACUGGGAUAGCUUGAAGGCCGACAUUGCCAAACAUGGAGUUCGCAACUCUUUACUCGUUGCACCUAUGCCCACUGCAUCUACAUCACAGAUCUUGGGCAACAACGAAUGCUUUGAGCCUUACACAUCCAACAUCUACUCUCGACGUGUAUUGGCUGGAGAAUUCCAAGUUGUUAACCCAUGGUUACUCAAAGACCUGGUUGAUCUUGGCCUGUGGUCUGACAACAUGAAGAAUCGUAUCAUCGCCGAUGGUGGUUCCAUCCAGAAUGUUCCCAACAUUCCAGCAGACAUCAAGGCUCUUUACAAGACCGUCUGGGAAAUCAGUCAACGUACAAUUCUCCAAAUGGCUGCAGACCGUGGUGCAUUCAUUGAUCAGUCGCAAUCCUUGAACAUCCAUCUCAAGGAGCCCACAAUGGGCAAGAUCACAUCCAUGCAUUUUGCAGGAUGGAAGAUGGGUCUCAAGACCGGCAUGUACUACCUACGAACCAUGGCCGCCACCGCACCUAUCCAAUUCACUGUCGACCAGGAACAACUAAAAGUUGCCGACACAAACAUUGCUCGUGAGCGAUCUGCCCCGAAGAAACGCACAUCCGUCGGUUUCGGCCAGAGCUACAGCUCGUCUCCGCGUCCCAUGUACGCCAACAAGACAUCGAGCUUCAACAACGGCGGCUCUGCCACACAGCUCAACGGUAUCCCAACUCCGACAUCGACACCGCCACCAUCAACCGAAGACAAGCAGCUGAUCUCCAAGCUCGCAAAGACCCGUCUCUCCGACGGCAUGAGCUCCGAAGAGCCUAGCCCCAAGGUCCUUCCCACCGAUCCAGUCGGCACGCCUGACGUGGACGAGAGCCUUGAAAGUAGAACAACCAAGAAGAUCCAGGACGAGGACCAGCAGAGCGACUCCGAGGAACGAGAGGGUGAUAUCUACGCCCAGAAGGUUCUAAUGUGUGAGUGCAUGUCCUAA